UUUGAAAAAAGUUGGUUGCGUUUUCGGCGUCUCCUUUACUAAAAUCCACCUGUUUAGUAGUCAGAGUCACUGUAUAAUUAUUAACAAUUAAUUAAACGCAUGAAGAGCUUUGAUGGUUCAUGACAGUAGCUAGCUCGCAGGCUGGCUCUUGAUUUUGGAGGGGGAGACACGGAGAGUUUGAUCGAGGCAGAAUGUUAUCGGCCACCGCUGCCAGCGUCGAGGAUUUCAGCCUCAGGUUUCCACUGCAUGCCCUGGUGUGGGAGAAUGACUACAGGAAGCUGGAAAAAGAGAUGCAGACGAGUAACAUUGAAGAGGUGGAUCCCAGGGGCCGGACGCCUCUGCACCUGGCCGUCUCACUAGGACACUUGGAGUCAGUGAGAGUGCUGCUCAGACACGGCGCAGAUGUUUCCAAAGAGAACGACAAAAAUUGGACAGUGCUGCAGGAAGCAGUCAGCACAGGAGAUCCAGAGAUGGUGCAGCUGGUGCUCCAGCGACGAGAUUACCGUAAAGCCUCCACUGCGCUGGGUGGCGUUCCAGAGUUACUGUGCAAGAUCCGAGAGGUGCGUCUGUCAAUUGAUUUUGUGUAUUGUGAAAGGAAUGUCCUGGAGUCUUUACUCGGGACAGUAGAGCAACAGAUCGGUGCUCAAGGGGACAUGACUAUGGAGUAUGCCACUGCCACAAACCCCACAGCUAUUACUCCAGAGGAGUACUUUAACCCCAACUUUGACCUGCAGGGCAGAGACAUCGGUCGGCCCACUGAGCUCACCAUCAGAACACAGAAGUUUAAAGGCACCCUGUGGAUGAGUGAAGAGCAUCCUCUGUCUCUGGUGGAGCAGGUCACUCCCAUCAUUGACCUGAUGGCUCGCACCAGCACUCACUUUGCCAGACUCAGGGACUUCAUCAACCUCAGGUUUCCCCCUGGCUUCCCUGUGAAGAUCGAAAUCCCUCUGUUCCAUGUGUUGAAUGCCCGCAUCACAUUUGGAAAUGUCAACAAGUGCAGUACAGAUGAACCUUUGGACUCCAACCAAUCAGCUUCUACACCCACACCUACAGAAGAGAAGUGUGACAGCCAGGCUUCAGGACCUGCUCCAUUCAAGGUGUGUCCAUCUGUGUUCGUGGCACCUUCGCACUAUCACCACCGAGGGGGCUACCGCCACUCCAACACACGCCGUUACAACCCAGCCAGUCAUGAUGAAGAGCUGCUCCAGUACGCCAUUCACCAGAGUCUGCUCGAGUCCAGUGCACUCAAGUCAGAGGACACUUGGAGUGAUUCUGAUGGACAGGCAACACAAUCCAUGAUGAAUCGGUUGAGCGAUGGGUCUGGGUCUGAAGGAGUUUUAGUAGACCUUAGUGACACCACACCCUCAAGCCCUGGCUCCACCUCCAGCCCCGACUCUGAGCUGCGAUUGGCUAUGGAGCUCUCGUCCCGGGCACAGGAGGAGGAGGAAAGGAGAAGGAAGGAGGAAGAAGAGGAAUUACAGAGGAUUUUACAACUCUCCUUAACAGAGAAGUGACCUAGUAAGAUGAGGGAAGGAAAGAAAAAGGGAGUUCCUGUUAUUGCCAUAACCAUUAAACCUUUUUAUUUACACCCUUCUUCAGAUUCAGCAGUUCUCUGUUGCCAGCCACUGACAUACGACUGACUACACAUAUUUACAUCUUGGGUUUGCAGCCAACAUCCGAACAUUUCUGCUGCUUUAUCCUUAAACCAUAGGCAAACAUUUUGUUUCGUGAGCAUUUGACUGCAUUUUCCCACUUCCUUUUCCUCCUUCAAAGAAGUGAUCAUGCAUGUAUUUGACAGGAAAUCCAGUGCUGCUUUUUUAAGAUUACAUGGUAGAAAGGUUGUGACGUCCAUGAGUUUGUACGUCCUAUGACUAGAUCAAGCUGUAUUGCUUGUUUUGACGCAAAGGAAGGUUGUUUUGCAUUAACGUUAGCGUUAACGUUAUAUCUCAGGGUUAAACUGAUACUCACCAGUUGUCGGUUCCUUUAAAACCAUUUUAUACGCAGCCAAGGAAAGUGAAAGAAAUUAAUGUUUUACACAAAGCAGUAGGAGAGUACCAUUUUCAGCCUUUUCGUGUGCUUUUGUCAUUAGACAACUUCUGACUGAAGCAUCUCUACUGUAAAGGCAAUAAAUCACACCGCCGUGCCUCGUCGAAGUGAGAGGCACUCAUACAGACCGGGAUAUUUCUGAAAAGGCCUGUCCGAUGUAAGCUGAUACGCCUCAAGCUUUUAGUCUGCCUAAUUUGUAAAAUGAUACAAUAAAACCGCUUAGAUCGCCAUGAGUAUGUUGUAAUGCAAAGAAUGAAUGUGGCAGUACUGGGUCACUUUUCUGGCACCAACCAAACCUCAUGCUACACUAAAGGACUAGGUGUGAGACAAUGUGUGACAAGAAACCCAGCUGUUUUUGUCUGUGGGAAUGUGUGGUUGGACAGCAUUGUUUGCUGAAUGAGGUUCUGAUGUGGUAAAUGUGGAAGAACCUGCCCUGCUCUGUUUGGGAAUCUUUAGGGAAUCUCACGCUGUUCCUUCCUGUUGUAGCUGACAGUGCUAUUUAUUUUGUCAAUGGUUUUUUUUUUGGUUUUUUUUUGUUGAUGUCUUGUCGACUUCUUUCUGUAAGUGUUUUUAAAGCCUUGUGAGGCUCAAAAGACAUCUGAGUAUUGAAUUGCAGCUUGCAGUAUCUCACUACUUUCUGUAUGAAGCUUGAACCGAUUUUAACCAUAUCUUCUGUCAUCUCAUUAUAUGUCAUAAAUGGACAUUUAUAUUGCUUUCCUCUUCCUGUAGCGAACCAGGAUCUGAGGAUAGUGGCAGUCACAGUCUCGCGUUUAUAAUAGGGAUGUUUUAUAUUAACAGGACAUUGAUUUUAGUUUCCUGUAUUUAUUCUUAUGCUGCAUUUAAAUAACAGAGUAGAAUAAAUCCGAUGUUCUGGCUACGGUUAUCCACAGACACAGAAUUCCAUUUCAUUCUUUAUUUAAAACCUAAUUUAACUUUUGGUAUUUGGGUAGAAGUCUUAACUCGAACUAAUUGCCAAAAUGUUUAAUGGUCUCUACCGGAUCGGGGUUAAUGUUGGUUUGAUUCUCGGUGAAUUGUCAUGCUGCAAAAUGCAAGAGAAAGUAUCCUCUUUAAGCAUGUUGAAGAAAUCCUGAAGGCAUUUGUAAACUGUGAUGUAUAUUUGACACACACACAAAAAAUGUUUUUACUUUAAUAAAAGCACUUUAUUGACUUUU